GGAGAGCCGAGCGCCGAUCCAAGAAAUCCGCGUGGAGCUCCGAGACGUAUGCUUAAUUAUGUUCAAGCUGUUGUUCUCUCUGCAGAGAAGAGUGACAUGAACGUGAGAGUUUCGCUCAAGAUUGGUUCAAUAUUGUGCAUGGCGUCCAGGCACAUAGGUUUCAGCUGCCGGUGACGUCGCGAGCAUGCUGGUGACGUUGCCCCGCCUGCUGCGCAUCGGCGUUUGGAGAAGGCAUGCACCGAUUGAGCGUUCAGCAGCAGUCGGACACUUGAUUUUGGGUGGCGUCCGCAAGAUCACAAGCCGAGAUGCCGAGCGGAAGUCUGCAAUCCUCCGCGGCGCUGGAUUAAGUUUGAAAACUGCGCUGGACUCUGUGGAAUACAUGGAGGAUACACGAGAGAGGUUAUCGACACCUCGAUCUCGACAAAUGAACGAGGCGACAACAGCAAUCAAGCAACAUGUUGAGAGGCAGGCGUUCGAUGACGCGUGGGCAUUGUACACGCAGGAAGAAUGUCCAGAUACAGUUCUGCAAAAUCUAGGCUUGCAUCUGUGUGCGAAAGCGAGGUGGUUCAAGCGGGCAGCACACAUUUGGGAGACCAUGGCAGAGAAGACAGUCGUUUCUUACUCGGCUAUGAUCGACGUCUGCGGCCGCUGCAAGCAAUUAGAGUUUGCGGAGCAGGUCUUUGAACAGCUCAAGGCUUUCCAUAGCAGUAUGGAUAUGAUCUCGUACAACUCCAUGGUCAAUGCUUACGCAAUGUGCGAGCAGCCGCAUAAAGCUCUUCAACUUUUUCGGGCAAUUCCAGAUGAUGUUAUAGAGCAAGCGGGUUUGGGGGCUAAGCACAGCGGGUUCGUGUCAGUGAUGAUGGCCCUUGCCCGUUCAGGCGACUAUGCGCAGACGAGGGAGAUCUUUGUUCAAAUGACGGGGAGUGGCAUCGCGCCGCAGCAUGCCCAUUUCACGGCUUUGCUCACCGCUUGCAUGUCCAAGUGUUAUACGAAAGAAGCGCAGGGUUGUUUUGAUCUUAUGGCCUCGUACAAUUUGCAGCCUAACCUUGCGCAUUGGACCUCCCUUUUAAGAUGUCACCGGUAUGAUCUGGCACGUUGCUUGGAAAUCAUUGAAGAAAUGGCGAAUGCAGGAAUCAAGCCUUCCCCAUUGACAUACCAAGGGUUGUUAAAGGCGCAUGUCCUGGCCAACGACGGGCCUGGAGCAAGAGCGUUGUUGGCUUCGCAAAAGGGAAAUAUUUAUGAUGGCCCAGUAACUCAGCGACUGAUUGCACAAGCCUACGCGUUGCCCUGACGCAUGCGUCUACAUAAGAUGUUUGCCGGUUUCACGUAUAAGGCUGCGGUGUAGAGCAGUAUUGUUGAGGGCAGCGACACCCGCAAGCAAGCAGCAUCUUCUAUCGCACGAAGAGUGCCCUGCGAUGAGGCGCAAGGGCAAAUGUAGGCGCCACUUGGCUCCAAAUGUUGUGACUAGUGUAUUGAUUAUGGUCCGCUUGGGCUUUUGUAGGCCUGCCUGCUUGCACUGUAGCGCUAAGCAGUUGCUCUGUCGAUGCAGCAUCUUUGUCUGUAGGCUACCGUCUGGAGCUGGUCGAGAAGGAAGUGCUUCACACACUGUGGCCCCUACAAUAGGUAUGAACUGGUCUGGUGCGAUCCGCGUUGGGUCUGCAUGGUUCCUGAUGAGCCAAAAUGCG